AUGGCCGCUGGCUCGUCUGAUGCCAGGCGCAGACGAGGCCACGACGACGUCGAAUCCGGCUAUGGCACCGUAUCGCCAUCCCCUCAACCUCGUACAGAGGAACAGGACCUCCCCAAGCACGAACGUCGAGGACCACCGGAGAUUCGCGACUUUAGCGUUUCUAACGAGGACGUGGGCGGCGAAGCGGAGGACGACUUCUACCGGCUGGUGGACGUGUCUGAGGUGGAGACGGCCAUGCAAGAGGUCAACAAGUCCGUCAAGGAGAUUUACGACUUGAUGAAGCUGAACGGGUGGGAUCAACACUGUCUGAACGCUACGCGAGGCCGGCCUGACUGGAAGUCCCAAUUGACGGGAGCCAACUCCAUUGCUGUAUCAUCUGGUGGUAGGAGGCAUGUGAUCCCCUCGGAGGCCUACACGCUCGUUCAGGACCUACUCAGGGAACUUGAAUCCGUCAGGAGAAAGCCAGAGAACUUCGCUUCUGAGGAUGACCAAGUACGGGAGGCUACAUGGGAAAGCAUCCGGAAGCCACUUGCCGGCUUCACGAAUGGGAUCCUGGAUGUAAUCGAAGAGGUGGAAAAGGUCAGCAAGGUCUCUCAGAAGGCAUUUUGGAAGCGUGUCAUUUACAUCAUGGGGAGUGUUGGCUCGUUGGCCAUGGUCCUCGGCGUUGUUCGUGGCUCGAUUCUGGCAUCUACCAUGGUUCUUUGGACCCUUGAGGCGCUGGAGAUCUGCAGGGCGGUGCUGUACUGGAUUAUGAUCAUAUCUGUCGCCUACUGCACCUUUAAGCGCGACCAUCCCCCGGUUCAGUUUUCCAACCUCUCUCCGGUAGUGCCAAGGGUCAUAAAGGUUAAAUGUAUCUUUACCCAGCGCUGCGUAGCUGAGCACGAUAAUGUAACCCUCAUUCAAUGUGUGAAAAAUUGUGUUGCUCAAAUCGUCAUGUCCUCACAAGUUAUAUAG